GGCCGCAGCGCGAGGCCGGGACGGGGCUGCGCCGCCAGCCGACGCGGACGUGGGGACGGGUCGGCCCUGUAUGCUGGCGACCUGCUGGGCGCAGGGAACGUCCGGUAGUCCGACCAUCCCGGCGCGGGUGAUGAACCGGGACACGCAGGCCCUCCUGGACACCGGCAGUGUGGUUACCCUCCUUCGCCCCGACCUGGCGGGUGGGAAGGCAGGGGAACCGAUGGAGGUGGCCUGCGUCCACGGGGACACCCGGACAUACCCCACGUGCCACGUGGUUGUCCGCACCACACACGGUGUGUUCACGAUCCGGGCGGGGAUUGUUCCCCACCUACCGGUCCCGUUGGUAAUCGGGAGGGACUGCCCGAUUUUCCGCCGGUUUUGGGCCCCGGCACUAGAGUCCCGGGGCAGGAGAGAUGCGGUUGCCGUCGCGGCAAGAGAUGCGGUUGCCGUCGCGGCAAGAGAUGCGGCUGCCGUCGCGGCAAGGGAUGCGGCCGGCGCCGCUGCGAGAGGUGCGGCCGCCGGCGCCGCGAGGGACGCAGCCGCCGCCGCAGGAGACACCCGGCCCCGUCGAGACACCUGCCUGGGCGGGUCCCUCGUCUACCUGAGGCUUGGUCAAAGGGUGGAGGAGUGUGGCAUCCCGCCACGUAAACCUCGGCCUGGACGGGCCCGAGGUACCGUGAAGGACGGGGUAUACCACCCCCACCCACCAGCCGGCGACGGAGAGCAUCCCUUUCACCUCCCCAAUCAGGGUGAUUGGGGGACACCUGGCCGAAAGCUGAGGAGCCAUCUUAAGAGGAGGUCCAGGACAGCACAGCACGGCACGGGAGCAGGAAGGAAGUACUCGCGGUCUCUAGGGCCUCCGUGGGCCUCUAGGGUAGGGCUGGCUCGGCCCGUGCUGUCUCGUCACUCGUCGGCCCUUUCCGUCUGCUCCCGAGUGCCUUUUAAAGCGUCUCCCUGGCUGUCCAGCCAGGUGUCUCCCAUCCCGCUGAUUGGGGUUCGGUUGGUGCUCUCCGUCGCCGGCUGGUGGGUGACGGUGGUAUCGGCCAUCCCGGACCAACCCUCGGGCUGGUCCGGGCCAAGGUUUAAGUAGCGGGAUGCCACAGUGUGUGUGUGUGU